AUGGACAGUGAAGUCAAAGAAAAAAUCUUCAAAUAUUUAGAAAACGUAGGAGCUCUACAAACUAAUAAAAAUAUGAUGGACGGUGUUUUUGAAAUUUACUCGAAUAUAAAAGAUAUCGAUUGGGAUGUUUUAUUUGAAAAUGCAUUCGCGCAUGAAUCGUAUAAAAAUUUGGAAGUUUAUAUUCAACGUAAAGAAGCUUUGAGGAAGACUUGCAAAUUUCUCUUUUCGAAAAUUAUAACAGAAAAAGGAAGAAAAGAUAUACACAAUAUGCUAGUGAUAGAUUUUCUGUACAAAAUGCGACGUUACUUGAAGAAAUAUGUCGAAGACUUUUAUCCUUCAGAUAUUGAUGAAAAGUCACCAACUUGCAUUCAGGAAUUGAAGGAGAAUUUCUGGUGGACAAUAAACAAGCAACACGAAUAUUCUAGUAUAAGUAAGAGUACAAAAGAUGAAGUGACUCAGAUGUUUGACGAAAUGAAGCACAAAUUGACUGAAUUAUUGUCUCAAGGCUCAUGGAGCAGUGAAGAUGACAAACAAGAAGCUAUUUCAACGGUUUCCAAUAUCAAAGUAUUAAUACUGGAUUCAGAAUCUUUGAGUGAGGGAUAUGAAGGCCGAGAUAAAAUACUCGAAAAUAAACUUUCUGCAAAUAACUAUCUUAUAAAUGCAUACUACUCGAUGAAAGCUAAAUUUCUAACAUCAUUGAAGGCCACUUCGCACGGAUACGAAUUACCUGAUUUAUUCACUUUCCAACCGUCUAUAAUUGACGGAGGUGGUACAGUGGUUAUGACUUCUGGGUUAUUACAUCCACCAUUUCUGAAUACACCACACUCGACAUCAGAAAAGUAUGGAACUAUCGGAUGGCUUCUUGGCCGACAGAUUAUAUCUGCAGCUUUCAGAGAUAAUCAGCUAAUAGAACAAACGCAAUAUCAGCCGGAGUGUGGAUCAACUGCUUCUACACCGUUCCGAAGUCAACUGUGUUGUUUAUCAGCACAAAUCAACUCUGGUAGACUUCAGAAAGAAAUAUACAAGGAAAAUUUAAGUGGAAAUACUGAAAGCUUAAAUGAAAGGAAGAUGUUUUUUUCAGCAUUCGCCAGAAUGUUGUGUGGCGGCUUGUUAUCACAUAUUAUUGAUCGCAAAUCACAGUCGUCUAUCCAAGACUACGAAUACAUGUAA